AGCCUAUGUUACUUCUCAUCUCUUGAUCCUUGAAGAUCUUUCUCUGUAAAACCCUAUUCCUCGCUCUUUUCUUAAACCCUAAAAUUCUCUUUUCUUUCUUCUUUGUUUCUUGUUCUUGAAUGGAAAUGGCUAUCCGCAACAGUGCAGCAACGUUCUCUUCUGUCAAGCUCUCUACACCUCUUCCUCAUUUCUCUGGCCGUGCGAGAUUUCUUGCAUUGAAGAGGACCCAAGAAAAGGAGGUGGUGGCCCCCUUGUUUGCAAUCGCGCGGUUCGGAUCGUCAGGAGGAGGAGCUGGUCUCUUGGAACGCCCCACAUUCGAUCAGUCCCAAUUCGAUCGCAUGAUCCAAGCCGAAGAAGGAGGAGACAUUGGAAGGGUCACUGACGAGAAAGGUACUAGGGGCGGAGAUAGCUACAAGGUUUUGCUGAUCGAUGAUGCACGCCAUACUGAAAAAUUAGUGGAGAAGGUCUUACCACAAGUGGUUCCAUCUGUCACACUUGAUGAAGCAAGAAGUCUCUUUCAUGAAUCGCGGAAAAAUGGUGUAGCUGUUGUUAUAGUUGCUCUGAAGGAGCAUGCUGAGUUUUAUGCGCAAAUGAUGAUCCGCAAGGGAUUACAGUCUGCGAUCGAACCAGAUUCAAACACGGCAUAAAUUGAAAGAGAGAUGUUGGACAACUGAAGAAGACCCUUGUCGUUAAGGUUACCCUCACUCCACAAUUUUCAACUUUAAUGUCAAGGCAAGUUUUCAUGAGUAUCUUCUGCUAACAUACGAGUGCACUUCAGAUAUACAUGGAGGGAAUGUAUUACAUUUACAUUUGAAUGUAGUCAAUUGAUGUUUUUUGGUCAA